UGUCGGACUGUGAGGAUGAGCUGCAGCGCGGUGCUCUGUCAAUACGGGUCUGAUAACGCAAACAGUACGGCGACAUAAAUGAAAUACACUCAUUGACUCUUUUUGAUGUAUUCUGAGAUUAAUAACCUGCGAGAAAGUGGAGACUUUGAGUCUAAAUAAAGCGAUGGACGAUCAGCACAAAGCGAUUUAAAACAAGAUAAACAGAGUAGAAAGGUGCCCUCUCUUUCUUGGAGUCUGAUUAUUAGUCUGUCUGGUCUCCAGCUCAUCUCUGUCUGGGUUAGGCAAGCAGUGAUCUUCCACAGCAGACAUCUCUGUGGACUUCAGCUAGUGGUCUGAGGAGGAGUCAUGGGGUCGGUAUGGGCCUACCCAUUAGCCCUGCCUGUGCUGGCUGUUCUGGGCCUCAUUAUCGGCGCAUGGAGUCUCAACCCAGAUGACCCGAAUGUCUGCAGCCACUGGGAGAGCUAUGCGGUGACUGUUCAGGAGUCCUACGCCCAUCCUUUCGACCAAAUCUACUACACUAGGUGCACCGACAUCCUCAACUGGUUUAAAUGCACCAGACACAGGACCAGCUAUAAGACAGCAUACCGGCGUGGAGUGAGGACCAUGUACCGUCGUCGCUCUCAGUGUUGCCCUGGGUACUUUGAAAGUGGAGACUUGUGUGUCCCUCGAUGUACCGAGGAGUGCGCCCAUGGUCGCUGUGUAUCUCCGGAUACGUGCCAGUGUGAACCAGGUUGGGGAGGACUGGACUGCUCCAGUGGUUGUGAAAGUGGCCACUGGGGGCCACAUUGCAGCAAUCGCUGUCAGUGUAAGAAUGGAGCCCUGUGUAACCCCAUCACAGGAGCCUGUGUCUGCACAGACGGCUAUCAAGGUUGGCGAUGCGAGGAUCAGUGUGAGCCUGGAUACUAUGGCAAGGUCUGUCAGCUGCAAUGUCAAUGCCUCAAUGGUGCCACCUGCCACCAUGAGACUGGGGAAUGCAUAUGUGCACCAGGCUAUAUGGGCCCCAUCUGUGGAGAGCGCUGUCCCUCCGGAAGUCACGGGCCUCAGUGCGAGCAGCGCUGCCCCUGUCAGAACGGAGGAACCUGCCAUCACAUCACAGGCGAAUGUUCCUGCCCUGCUGGAUGGACGGGGUCUGUGUGUGCCCAGCCAUGCCCAUUUGGCAAAUAUGGAAUCAACUGCAGUAAGGAAUGCUCCUGUCGAAAUGGAGGACUUUGUGACCACAUCACAGGACAGUGCCAGUGUAUGGCAGGCUAUAGCGGCCACAGGUGUCAGGAGGAGUGUCCGGUCGGGACUUACGGCCCCCAGUGUGCCCUUUACUGCGACUGUCAAAAUGGGGCCAAAUGUUAUCACAUCAACGGGGCAUGUUUGUGUGAUACGGGAUUUAAAGGCCCUCACUGCCAAGACAGGUUCUGUCCACCGGGACUCUACGGUCUCAUCUGUGACAGAUACUGCCCCUGUAAUGCCACCAACACGCUCAGUUGCCACCCACUGACAGGUGAAUGCUCAUGUGCUGCAGGAUGGUCAGGUCUGUACUGCAAUGAGACUUGUCCCCCAAGUUACUAUGGUGAAGGAUGUAGUGUGCCGUGCCAGUGUGCUAAUGGAGCAGACUGCCACAGUCUCACAGGGGCAUGUAUCUGUGCCCCAGGCUAUACCGGAGAUGACUGUUCCCAGACCUGUCCACCUGGACUAUACGGUACUAACUGCACUUCCGUCUGCCACUGCCACAACCAGGCAUCCUGUUCCCCAAUCGAUGGCUCCUGCAUCUGUAAAGAAGGUUGGCAGGGUGUAGACUGCUCAAUCCUUUGCUCCAGUGGCACUUGGGGUUUGAGCUGUAACCAGACUUGUCUGUGUACCAACGGUGCAGCUUGUGACCCAGUAGAUGGCUCAUGUACCUGCUCUUCAGGGUGGAGAGGGGAACGAUGCCAACAGCCCUGCCCUGAUGGCACAUAUGGGCUGGAGUGUCGGGAACGCUGUGACUGUAACCACGCUGAUGGAUGUGACCCUGUGAGUGGCUUCUGUCGCUGUCUGCCAGGAUGGACGGGGAUCCACUGUGACAGCAUCUGCCCUCAAGGUUUUUGGGGUCCGAACUGCUCCAUGACCUGCUCGUGCAUGAACGGAGGCUCAUGCUCUCCUGAAGAUGGAACAUGCAUGUGUGCACCCGGGUACCGCGGCACUUCCUGCAAGAGAAUUUGCCCUCCUGGUUUCUAUGGGCACCGCUGCAGUCAGUCGUGCCCACAAUGUGUGCACAGCACUGGGCCCUGCCACCACGUUACGGGUCACUGUGAAUGCCUUGCCGGCUUCUUCGGCUCGCUUUGCAACCAAGUUUGUACCAGUGGCAGAUAUGGGAAAGCCUGUGCUGAGAUCUGUCAGUGUACUAACAACGGCACCUGCAAUCCCAUCGACGGCUCCUGUCAAUGCUACCCAGGCUGGACCGGAGACGACUGCUCACAGAUUUGUCCUAUAGGCCAGUGGGGGCCUGACUGCUUGAACUCAUGUAACUGUCACAACGGAGCCCAAUGUAGUGCCUACGAUGGAGAGUGCAGGUGCAGCCCAGGCUGGACCGGCCUCUACUGUACACAGCGCUGUCCCUCAGGGUUUUAUGGGCGAGAUUGUGCAGAGGUGUGCCGCUGUCAAAAUGGAGCUGACUGUGAUCACAUCACUGGCCAGUGUGCCUGUCGGACUGGCUUUAUUGGGAUCAACUGUGAACAGAAGUGUCCUCCUGGGACUUUUGGCUAUGGAUGCCAACAGCUGUGUGAGUGUAUGAACAACGCCACCUGUGACUAUGUGACGGGAACGUGUUACUGCAGCCCCGGAUACAAAGGAAUCCGCUGUGACCAGGCUGCUUUGGUGAUGGAGGAACUGAACCCCUACACUAAGAUCAGUCCUGCUCUGGGUUCAGAGCGCCAGUCUGCCGGUGCUGUCAUGGGCAUCAUCUUCCUGCUCCUCAUCAUCAUGGCCAUGCUCAGUCUGUUUGUUUGGUUCAGGCAGAGACAGAGAGACAAAGGCCAGGACAUGCCCAGCGUCUCAUACACUCCUGCUCUACGCGUUACAAACACAGAUUACUCCCUCUCCGAGACAUCUCAAAGCAGCAGCGCUGGCCAGUGCUUCUCCAAUCCAAGCUAUCACACUGUAGCACAGUGCAACAUCUCUUCCUCCGCCACAAACAACCUAGAUGGCACUCUCACGCUUAAGAAAGGAGACAAGAGCAGUUCAGAAUGGAGAGCUUACUGCAAUAUCAACGACCUGGGAGUAGCAAGAGGAGACACACUUACAUUGAGAGACAACAAAACCACCAGGAUGGCCAAAGAUUACAUAAAGGCCUCCAUGUGCAGCUCCAGCUCAUGUUCACUGAACAGCGAGAACCCGUACGCCACUAUCCACGAUCCGCCCAGCCUGGCCUGUAAGCACACUGAAAGCAGCUACGUAGAGAUGAAGUCCCCAACUCACAGAGACCUGACCUUCUGCUCCAGCGCCAGCUCGACCCUGACCACUGCCAGCAGGAACGUUUAUGACGUGGAACCGACAGUGAGCGUUCUUCAGGGACCCAACGGACUGGCGACGGGUUUCUCCCAAAGUCCUUACGACCUCCCGAGAAACAGCCACAUUCCAAGCCACUAUGACAUCCUACCCAUGCGCCACAGCCCCACACACACGCCUCCUCCUCCAGAAAGCCCACCGAGCUCCCUGCUGUAGAGCCCACUCCUCCAUCAGACUGAAGACUGGCUUUUCGGGGGUCUCUUUUAUCAAAUAUCUGCCUCUCUUUAUAUUCCUCUUUCUUUCAAACACACAUUCAAUUUCAAAUGCAUGAGUAGAUUAUGUUGGACAUGACACACGGACUCUAUUCCUCUUUCUGUUAAAUAGAGGAGGAUUGCAGGAAACGGACUGUACACAAGCCCAACAACAAGAGCGCUACUGCUGAACAGAUUUGGACACCAGCGACUAUUCAUUAUCCUUCUCAUCUAUCAAUGACUUUUGUAACAAGCUGUGCGUAACACAUCAGGAAAAACAGGUGUAGGAAAUGCAUCCUUUGUUUAAAGGCCUCUGAAUGACUGUGAAGAAGACUUUUGGACAUGUUUAUUCUUCAUGACAUGAGCUCAACAGACUGGAACACAUAAUCAAUGCAACUCAAUGAUCCAAAACUUUUUUAAUCUGUAGUUGGCAUCGAUUUGGAACUGGGAGUCAGUGGUGACCAUGAAGGGGCACGUCCAUAUUCCCAGAGCAAUUGAGCAUUCAGAAAUGACUCCAAGGCUUUGGUGACAAAGCAUGGUUUGAAAGAAAUAUCUUUAUUGUGUUACAAAAACAUUCACCUACAGAUUUCAUAUUACUUUGGUUAUCGAUCAUAACUUUAUAACACAUUACCACUUAUAAACCCUAAACAGAGAUAUUUAUAAAAGUUUAUGAAGAGAGCCUGGGAUCAACAUGAGCUUAAAAAUGCUGUAAUGCUCAUUUGUGUAACAACCUGGUGCUUUCUACUGUACAUAGACGUUUAUGACUGUUGCGAUCGGUUAUUUGGUUGUGCGUCUUAUAAACGUGGGAUUAAGUUGUGUAUCUUAAGUAAUGCUUUCAACUGGUUUAGUUGUUCUCAGUAUGUUUACAUUUUUGAAACAUGAGUUAAUGGGCCUUGAAGGGUUUUAAUUUUGUGAUUCUGUAUUUAGGAUGUUUAUUUAUACUUUGUUGAAAUGAUGUUUUUUCUUUGUGUAAGUGAAACAUAUUUAAAAAGGAAAAGACUAAGCAUGAACAAAUAAGGAUACCAAUUAUUUUCACGUGCUUGUGCUAUUUGUGCACAGUAUCAAUAUAUAAACUCAACAUUAUAUGUUAGCGUUCAUGUCAAAAUAGACUCCAGGAUCAGACCUCAUACGUGUCCUUAAAAAAACCACGGUAUAAAUAGAUUUGGAGAUGUGCUUUCCUUGUGUAUCAGCAGAUUGUUUUGCGAGUCGUUGAUUUCAGCUUUGUUUCGAAGUGGCUUCAUUCCCUCACGAUAGCAAUAACAUAGUGACAAUCAUUCAUAAAUAAAACAAUGCAUUUCAUCAACCCCACCAGCUUUACAGCUCAAUGACUCCCCAUUUGCUUUUAUGAUUGGUUUCAAAUUUGAUGCAUUUAAUGUUCUUCCCAUUUUACUGCUGCUUGAUGUUUUCUUAUAAAAUACAAAAUAAACUUAGAAGUCCCAGUUGCAGAGCUCUCUUCAUUUAUUAAUUGUACCCUGUCUGUGAAAUCUAGGCUAAAGUCUCAAUCUAUUUAUGAGAUUAGGAGCAUUAAAGUUUGAUUUCACGCAUUGAUUUUAAUUUAAAUCUUUGACAUGAGCUUACCCAGUCAAUAUUAAAGAUAUAACAGAAUGUUCUUUACAUUAUGUACGAUGAUUUGAUGCAGAAAACAGUAAAUGACAAAAGCACAUCCAAGCAUUUCGUAAGGAAUAAUUAAUGACGGGCCGUUAAUUUAUUAUUUGAAAAUAAUGCACACCCAAAGUCAUAACACGGCAGGAGUUACCACAAAAACUGCUCUGAUGGUUAUUUUAAAACAUUUGACAGGUUAGGUGUGCAUUUUACAUAUAAUUUUGAAUAAACAGGGUUCCCACACAUUAGCUAACUUCAAAUUCAAGGACUUUUCAGGUCCAAUACCCUCAAAUUCAAGGACCAAAUGUGGGGACACAUUUCAAGUGAGAGCAAGGUCACAUUGUGUUACCUUUUAAGAUACACUGUUACAGUUCUCUUUUUAGAGGGAACUCGCGCUGCGUCACUGCGGUGACAUGUUGGGGACGCCUCCAGGGGUAAGUGCGUCUGAAUGUGUAUAUCAAAUUCAACCAAUCGUGAGGCUUAACGACAAAGACAGGGUGACGCGGGAGGCAGGAAGUAUAUCGCUAUCUGAAAUAUUGCCAAAGACGGUGUUACAGGGACGCAGUAAGUAUGGCAAGGGAGACGCAGCAUCUCGUUCCCUUCUCAGGGAACAACAGUUACACAUACAUAACCCGAGACGUUUUCAUGUGUCAAACACAACUAUGCAACAAAGCAUUUUGGUAUGAAUCAACAUUCGCAUACAGAAGAUAUAAACAUUUAAAACAGUUUAGCACGUGUGCUUAAAAGGCUAGAAAUUUUAUGAUAUUAUCCUACACUACACAGGGAAUAAUAUGUUUUUUUCCCAGAAAACUUCUUGCAUAAAAUAGAUUCAAGCACUUUCAUGUAUCUAUGUAUGUAUAUUUUCAAAAACUUACCAGGGCCUAGAUUUUUCCCCCCACAUUUACAAACUUUCAAGGAUUUCAAGGUCCCGUGGGAACGCUGAAUAAACCACUUUAACGUAAAAAUAAAAAAUGUCCCACUGAAAAGCACAAAAAAGUAAACAGGACACUAAAGAACCAUCCAGAAC